AUGGUUUUGAACAACUCAGGAAGGGAUGAGACUCCCAGUGAGACUGCUCGUUCGUUUGACAGUUCAGAUAGGUUUGCCGAGACUCCCAACUCUCUAAGCAAUUCAGACAGGCUUGCCGAGAAAAUCAGUUCUAUUAACAGUUCAGAAAAAGUUGCCGAGACCGUGCAUUCUUUGAGUGGCUCAGAGUUGCAAUACCCAACUGUUACCAUCAUCAAUAGUGAGACAGGUGAGAAAACAGUGAUCGUAAAAGACUGGACUGAUGAAGAAGAGCGAAGGCUUGUUCGUAGGGUGGACUUUAUUUUGAUUCCCCUUCUUUUUUGGGCCUUUUUCAUUCUUCAGAUAGACAGAGGUAACAUCAGUAAUGUCUACACUGAUAUCAACUUUUACAACAUGUUGGAACUGAACAACACAAAAAUAAAUAUUGCCAGUGCAUUGUUUGCGAUUGGUAUCGUUUCCUUUGAAAUUCCUUUCAACAUUCUUACUUGGAGUCUCAUUGCAACGCUUCAAUGUAAAAUAACUAACAUCCACUCAUUUUACGCUACAAGAUUUCUUCUCGGUGCCGCAGAGGCUGGAUUUAUCCCUGGAGGAUUGUACUACAUUAGUACUUGGUACAAGAAGUCUGAACUUGGACUGCGACACACACUUUACUUUUUUGGUAACCUUACUGCUCUUUCUGUCAGUGGAUUGAUAGCUGCUGGUAUUUUGAGAGAUCUGCCAGGUGUUGGUGGUCUUUACGGAUGGCAGUGGAUCUUCUUAAUAGAGGGUGUAAUCGGUGUCGGAUACGCCAUUAUCUUCUUUUUCCUUCUCCCUGAAUCGACAGAACACCCUGCUGCUUUUUGGAACAGAAAAUGGUUGUAUUUUGAUGCCCGGGAAAGGUCCAUUCUGCGCCGAAGAGUCAUCUUUGAUGAUCCUUCAAAGGUUGUGUCAACUAGAAGAACCAACCUAAAAGAUGUAUGGAGCACUUUCAGGAAUCCAGUUCCCUGGUUUCACGUUUUGAUCUCCAUGUCCAGUUUGCAAACGGGUACUGCCCUGGGCAGCUAUAUUCCUCUGAUCAUUAGAUCUAUGGGAUUUAGUGUUUUUGAAGCUAAUGCCAGAUCUUCUAUUCCCAGAUGGUGUACAAUGGCGCUUUUGUUAAUUCUUACCCUUACCAGUAAGUACUUCAAACCAAGAGCAGCUUCGAUUUUGUUCGCCUUUGUUUGGAAGCUUAGUUCCCAGAUUGCUGUUAGAGAGCUACCAGACACAGCCACUCCGACCCAACGAUUCACGGCAUUGUGUUUCUUAGUGACCGUAAAUAUUGUUGGACAUGUUCUUAACAGUGCUUGGCUUAGUAUGAACAUCCGUAGUCCAAGAGAAAGAAGUGUUGCACUGGCGAUGCUGAUUAUGGCGGCCAAUAUUGGAGGAGUAUGUGGAGGACAGAUUCUCAGAGAUAACGAUAAACCAUUGUACAAGAAAGGGUUUUUGGCGUUGAUUAUCGUCGAUGUAUUUUCGAUCUUGGUAUUGAUAGCCACCUUUAGCUAUUACUUCUACAAGAACCGUAAGGCUGAUAAGUUGUAUGGGAAAGUGGAACCAAUAAACACUAAAGCUGAUGAUUCUCCAGAGUCUUUCGAUAGGGGAGUUGUCUAUGUCGGAUUUGGACUAAAGAAUACAGCAGAAGAAGAAGCUGAUGCUCAUAGAGAUAAGUUCAGAUUUGUCCUUUGA